UUUUGACCAUGUGGCAGAAUGUCUGGGCGACUUCAUGGACAAGCAAAAAAUCAAGGAUAAAAAGCUCCCGGUUGGAUUUACCUUCUCAUUCCCCUGCACUCAGACCAAACUGGAUGAGGCCGUCUUGGUCAGAUGGACCAAGAAAUUUAAAGCCAACGGCGUUGAAGGAUCUGAUGUCGUGAAGCUCCUGAACAAGGCCAUCAAAAAACGAGGAGACUACGAAGCCGACAUCAUGGCGGUGGUCAAUGACACGGUGGGCACCAUGAUGACUUGUGGGUUUGAUGACCGGCGUUGUGAAGUGGGCAUCAUUAUAGGUGAGGACACAGAUGGUGUUGGUAUUCUACCUGAAGCUGUACAGCAGGGCCCUACAUUUACCAUAAACACUGUUCUACCAUGAGAGGGCGCCAGAGAGUUUUCAAUUCACAGCCU